AUGGCAGACACGUUAGAGACCAUUCUGGCGUCCAUGGCAGCAGCAACAGGCAAUGCGUCACUGCCUGAGAAAUCUAACGCUGCUGCUACUACAGAAUUUGAAGUGUCCAAGUCUACGAGCAAAAAACGCGAGCGAGAGACGUUACUUACGCCCCCAUCGGACAUCUGGAACCCGCAGGAAGAGAUGUCGCUGGACUUUACCGUUCUCGCUAAGGUGACAGACGCCGCCAAGUCGUGCACAACUAAUCCGGCGAUGGAGAUUGCACGGCAGCAAAUUGUUCGCACUCUCUGUAGCAAAAUUCGCCGCGCCAGUGAAGAUCUAGGCAUCGGCAAGGUGCCGAACUCAGUCUACGAGACGUGGCAAUUUACGUCGCAGCUUACAGUGAAAGAGCACGAUCCACUCAUUUCUCAUGACGGAAGUGACUAUAGUGGACUUUUUGAAGAGCUGUGCAAGGCUGGGGCCUCCAAGUCGGGAGCUAGAAAGAAGUGCAAGGAGCUUACAAGGGAAUCCGAACGGAUGCUGCGCAAAUUUGGUCAGCAAGACUUUGUGGCUGGCAAGAAAAAGGUGCGGGUUACGGUGAUGGAAGAAGGCGGUUCGUUCCAAUUGGCGUACGGAAAAUCAACGGUAAAACUCAGCGCAGCACAUUAUGUCAAGCUGUGCGAGAUGUAUGCUCGAAAGCAGGGACUGGACAGGUCACGGAUGGCACUAAAGGACCAAUGUGAGUUCGAAAAUGCUCUUUUUUGCUUGCUUCUGCGUUAUGAAUCGCUAGAUGGAGGAGGUUUUCAGGCUGCGCUUAAUGAAGAGUGCUUUGGCGUGCUGCUGGAAGAAUUUAAUUGCAGAAUGGAGUGUUUUGCUUCACCCUUAAACUGCCGCUACUCGCGUUUCUGCAGCGCAUUUCUUGAUACGGAUUUUGUGUUUGGAAGUGUGGGCAGCUUUUUUGAUUUUUCGCCUCGGUCUGGAUGCUUUGAAGCCAAUCCGCCUUUUAUUCCCAGAGUAAUUGAACGCAUGGCAGAUCAUAUGACAGCGCUACUUACUGCUGCCGAUGGGCCCUUGGCGUUUAUCGUCAUCAUACCAGCGUGGCAGGAGACUGAGGGAUGGCGAAGACUCAACACUAGUCGUUUUAAUCAAAUGCAUCUUCUUGUCCCACAGAAGCAACAUGGCUACUGUGAAGGCAAGCAGCAGAUCCGAAAGACCCGUUGGCGCAUCGCAUCGUUCGACACGAGUGUUUUCUUCUGGCAAAAUGCCAAGGCGUGCAACGAGUGGCCUGUCACUGAGAAGAAGCUCGAGAGUCUGAAGCAUGCUUUCAAGUCAAAACAAGCCGAGGAGCGUGAUGCGCUAGGUCUACGAAAAUCAGGCAAACGAGUGCGGUCAACACAUGGUACUUGA